AUGCCAUCUACAAAUAUUAAUGCCGAUCUUAUUAUGCCACAGCUUACUGUUUCAUAUUGGCUUAAAAUAUCAAUUGAACUUUUAUUAUCGAUAAAAGUAGUUCGUGAAGCACUUCCAUUAUCAUCAAGUAAUACACUUUUACUAGAUGAUAUUGUUGGUUUUAUUAAAAAUUGGGUUUCUAUCUCAAAACGCCUUAAGUCACUCAAAAAAACGAACGCUGAAAUAACUCAAGUACUGAAUACGGAGUUUCAUUUACCAGUCAAUUUUCCACUUGAUACAGAUGAACAAAUAGCAAUUAUUCUUCAUAAAAUUCUACUUCCAAUUAUUGCUCAUCCAAUACCAGCUAAAAAGAUUUACAAUUGUACAGCUUGCAAAAAUGUUCUUAACAUUGGAUUUGACAUAGAUUAUAUACAAAUUAACAUGGUAGAAAAUCAGUUCCGCUUCAAUCAACAAUUAUCAAAUUACUUUUCUGAUAUUUCAUCUGAUCGUGUAUGUGAUAAAUGUCAUAUGUUAAUGAGUAGACAACUGAAGAUUUUAGAUUGUCCUCCUGUAAUUAUUUUAAAAAUUAGUGGCAUGAAGCCUUCAACAACAUUAUUAUCAAAACCUCCAAAUGCAGUUUGUUUUUAUCCAUUUCUUGAUCAAUCAUGUAUUGCUUGUUCAUCAUCAACCGUCUUUGAUAUUGUUUGUUUCUUGUCAGUUCUUUCUGGUGCUACAAACAAAAUUGUAUUAGCUACAAGAAUCAAACAAAGAUGGAAAAUUAGUUCAAUGAAUAAAUUAAUAGGUAAUGGUGAGACACUAGGAAAACUGUUUGCUAAUAGUCGAAUUGUAAUACUUGAACGUGUUCGAACAUGCAGCACUAAUUUCAUUUAUGCUUUUGCUCAAUGUUGUUCGAUUUCAAUUGAUAUUGAAGAAAAUAGCAUUGGAUCCUGUAAAACUUUACGUCAUGCCAUACAUAUUAUUGAAAAUAAUCAAAUAUUUAAUAACCUCCGUAACAUUUUAUUAUCACAUAUAACGACAUAUGAUCAAUGUCGAAAAUGUUACAGUACAUCGACUUCAUUAUCAUCAACAAGAAAAUGUGUAUGUAUUUAUGAAUCAGAAACAAAAAAUUCAGUAUAUGCUAUACCAAUAACAAUACAAAAUUCAAUUAAAUUUCAUUGUUCUCAUUGCAACGAAAACUAUGAUGAUGUUAUUCUACAUACACACUUUCAAACUCAUCAUCAAUAUCCAUCUAUGAUUAUGUAUCAUUUAUUUCGUCCAACAUUUGGAUUAGCUAUGGAUCUCCAUGUUGAAUUAACUGACGAUACACAGCAGAAACAUUUGUACGAGCCAUCGAGUAUUUUACUCGUUGAUGAAUACAAUGCUGUGUCAGUUAUUCAUAUUCAUGAACUUGUUGUCUUCUCUUCCAGUCCUUAUAAGACGCCAAUCCAAUACACAAAGGAUGAAAUAAACGAGCUUUUUGAUACCAGUCGCACAUGUAUUGUUUUUCUUAAACAUACAACAACAAAAACACCAUCAACGUCAACAACAUUAACAACAACAGUGGUAAAAACAAUAGCAACAUCAUCAUCAACAUUAACACCAAUGGCAACAGCAUCAUUAACAUUAUCAACACCAACUUCAAUUUUACUUAAGCAACCGAUAGCAGUAAAUCUGUUACAGAGUUCUACAAAAGUAAGUGGAAGAAAAAUUUUUCUUACGAAAUAACAUAAUAUCAUUUUCUUUUAUGUAUCCUGAAAUAGAAAUUGACUGUUGGAUCUGUUCGUUCAUUAACAAUUAAUAGAAAAUGAUUUUUUUGUAUCAACAUAUACCAUCAUCAAAUGUUUUCUCAUUUUUUUUAUACUUAUCUUGUAAUUAUGUAUUGUUCCUGUAUUGGAUUGAAAAGUAACAAUAAAGGAAUUGGAAGAAAAAAAACAGAAAAAAAAUUAGUGUUUUCUGAAUUUUUUUUCAGUUAUUCAUUUUAAUUGAAAUUCAGAACUUUCUUUUCGAGUACAUGAUUAAUACCGUGCUAUUCAGUUUUUAUGCUCGGAUUAUGCAAUAAUGUCGAAACAAUAACAUUUUACAUUUUUAUUUAUUGAUGCAUUGAACAUUUCUUCGAUCGUGACGCAUAUUUUUUAUAUUUUUUUAAAUUUCAAUCUCAAUGUAGCCUAUAUGUCACGAAACGACUUACGAUAGUAGAAAGAAUAAGAUAUGACAAUAACAACUAGAGACAUCUCGCGAAUUAUUCGUCAUCUGCAUAGAGGAAGUGUACAACUCUAUGUAAUGGCUUUUUUUUAUAUGUAGCGUCGAUUGUAUGUAGAUUAUCUCAACCCACAUAAAUGCAUUUAAAUUAAUUCGAUCGUCCAAUGAUAUGCAAUAUCUAUUGUGUUCACAUAUAUUAUUUGUUGAUUGACAUAUUGAUCUUUUCAAGUAACCAUGUGGGCCGAACUUGUUC